AUGGCAACUUUCACGCAAAAAUUCCGCACGACUUCGUAUCCGACCAUCUCAUCUCACAAUCCGCUGAAUUCACAAGUCGGACGAACUGUGCUUGUCACAGGAGGUUCAGAUGGGAUUGGCUUCGCUAUUGCCUCUGCUUUCGCCAAAGCCGGAGCCUCGCGUGUGAUAAUUCUCGGCCGCCGUCAGGAAGCACUUCGAGUUGCUGCGGAUAAACUAAAUGCAGCACGAAGCAGAAACGAAACCGUCAUUAUGACUUUCGCCUGCGACAUCACCUCUCUGCCGAGCAUCGAGUCCACAUGGCAGUCGAUUGCGGCAGCGGGAAUCGCUGUCGAUGUCCUCGUGCUAAACGCUGGGAAUGUCAAGUUUGGACUAGUUUCCGAGGAUAUAACAGCAGCCUGGACAGCAUUCGAGAUCAAUGUGCUUGCAAACUUGCGGGUUGCUAAGCUUUUCUUUGGCCAAAUCGUAGCGUCAAGUGGGAAGAAGAUACUUAUUAAUAUCUCGACUUGUUCCAUACACUCGAGCCCCGCCCCUUUUCAGGCAGCCUAUGCAGCGUCGAAGAUUGGGUUCGCAAACCUCGUGCAGAACCUAGCAGAUGAGUUGUCUGUGGAUAAGGCGCAGAUAGUCAGCAUCCACCCAGGCGCUGUGUUAAGCGAAACGGUCCGAGCAAAGGGAUAUGAUGAGAAUUCGCUCCCUUGGGAUGAUGCGAGUUUGCCAAGUGAUUUCUGCGUGUGGCUUUCCACAGAUUCCGCAAAGUUUCUCCACGGCAAGUUUGUAUGGGCGAAUUGGGACGCAGAUGAACUCCUGGAGAGGAAGUCUGAGAUCAAAAGCAGUCCUGGUAUGCUGAGGAUUGGACUUCAGGGAGCCGGCUUUCUGGAUGUGACUACCAUGUUUGACCAGAUCAAAGAUAGGGUGGUGCGUAAUUAA